UAAAAACAUUGGGACAUGCUAGCAGUGAGCUGUACUGAUGAUUGUCCUUGUGAUUUUUGAUUUUUCCAGCUUGAAGUAACAACAGACAUCCGGCAUGUUCUGUGGGAACCAAGCUAGCGGCUACAGUGUGGCCAAUGGCACGCUGGAUAACAUGUGCUUCGUGGAAGCCAUCGGGAUCAUUCCACACGUCCUGUUCCUCAUCGCUGCCCUUCCCAUCCUGCUCCUGGGAUAUGGCACAGUCAACAUCAACCACAGUUCCUGGCUGCACUACCCCGGCCACAGCCUGCGCUGGAGCCUGACUGUCCUGCUGCUGUUCUUCCUGUCCUGUGAGAUAGCCGAGGGCCUGCUGUCUGAUAUGCACUCUACUGCGUCAUACUUACAGUUGUAUAUACCUUCGGGUGUAACGUUUGUAGCGACGUUAGUGACAGCAGUGUACUACCACAAUGUGGAGAUGUCCAACUUUCCCAAGCUUCUACUGUUGCUGCUGGGAUACUGGGUCAUCGCAAUCAUCAUGAGGAUCCUCAAACUGUGGAACCUGUAUAGAUAUGCCUUCUUCAAGCCGCCAUCCAAGGGAUUGGACAUCCCGGAGGACCUACAGCAGCAGGACAUGCACUUCCACCAGCCGUAUGUCAACCUGCUGUCCAAGGUCACCUACUGGUGGAUGAACAAACUCAUGGUUCAGGGAUACAGGCAGCCAAUCAGCAUGGACAACCUAGGGCAACUGCCAAUGCAACACAAAGCACAGGCAAAUCUAGAAAGGUUCAAGAAUGUCUACAAGAAAGAAAAGGAGAGAGCUGCCAAGGCAGGACAGACCCCGUCCAUCUGGAAGUGUUUCUUCAAGGCGUUUGGCGUGCCAAUCGUGUACAGCUCCAUCUUCCGUUACCUUGGUGAUCUGUUAGGGUUCAUCGGUCCUCUGUGUGUUGCUGGGAUCGUCAAGUUCCUGGUCGAGAUCCGACAAGGAACCAUUUCCUUUCAUGAGUCUCAGCAAGUCAAGGAGCACUAUUUUGUUUCCCUGGAGGAGUUUAUGGAGAAUGGGUUUAUCCUGGCGUACCUGUUGUUCAUGGCCACCCUGCUGCAGCACACCUUCCUGGAGAUGUCCUACUACCUCGCCAUCAAGGAGGGCAUCAAUCUCAAGGCUGGCAUAGUAGGACUGGUAUAUGAGAAAACCCUUCGCAUGUCCUCCUGGAGCCUGUCCAAUGGGGACUGGAGCAUUGAGCAGAUCAUUAACCUGAUGUCUGUGGAUGCCAACCAGAUCAUGCUGUUUGUGUGGUUCUGUCCUCAUCUCUGGGCCAUGCCUGUUCAGGUUGUGAUUGCCAUGGUGAUGCUGUACUACCAGAUGGGUUAUCCUGCAGUGAUCGGUGCAGCCAUCAUCGUCGUGCUGUGUCCUGUACAGUACCUGGUCGCACGGCAGAUGACUCACAUGCAGAAGGACACCAUGGACUACUCCGAAGACAGGUUCAAGAAAUUCAACGAGAUGCUGAAGGGCAUCCGUCUGCUGAAGCUGUACUCCUGGGAAGGCAUCUUCUGUAAGCUGGUGGAUCGAGCUCGCAACCGAGAAAUCAGCAGCAUGAGGAAGUCAUCUAUCUAUCUUGUCAUCUCAUUGUUCUUGACAGCAGCUACUCCAAUCAUUGCAACAGUAGUGACCUUCAGCAUCCAUCACUACAUGUCUGAUGAGGCCCUGACAGCCGGCAGGACCUUCGCCACCCUGGUCCUGUUCAACAUCCUGGUGGUCCCUCUCUUCAACUUCCCCAUGGUGGUGGUGGCCAUGGUCAACGCCAUCAUGAGUGCCAAAAGGCUCAGGCCAUUCUUAGAUAUCCCAGAGGUGGACCGUGGAUUUUACCUGACAGGGGAGGAUGAACAUGAAGAUGCACAGGACGUGCUCAUCACCUUGCUCAGGAUGUCUGGCAUCCACAUGAAGAGCAUCAAAAGACAGAAGUCAGGCAAGAUGGUGCCAGACAACUUUGUACUGGAGGUUACAAAUGGACACUUUGCGUGGGACCUGUCAUCCGAUGCUCCAACUACAACACUGUACGACAUCAACUUUAAAGUCCCGAGAGGUGCCCUGACUCUUGUGAUUGGUCCCAAUGCUGGUGGGAAGACCUCCCUGGUAAAUGCUAUACUUGGAGAGAUGAAGCUACUGGCUGGGGAUGUGGCCUGGUGCUUGGAAAAGAACAAAGUGUCCUUCCAUGCCCAGAAGGGCUGGCUGUUUAAUGCUAGAUUGAGGGACAACAUCGUCUUUGGACAACCUUUUAACCAAGCCAGAUAUGAUCGUGUCAUCUCAGCUUGUUCUCUACAAGCAGAUAUCGACAUCCUUCCUCAAGGAGACCAGACUGAGAUUGGAGAGAGGGGAAUCUGGCUGACUCCAGGACAGAAGAGACGUGUGAGUGUGGCCAGGGCCAUAUACUACAGCUCUGACAUUGUCAUCCUGGACGACCCUCUGUCCUUCCUGGAUGUACAUGAGGGAAGUCACAUGAUGCAGGAGGGCAUUCUGGGUAUGCUGCGGGAGGAGAAUCGCACCGUCAUCUUAGUAACCCACAAGCUGGAGUAUCUCAAAGAGGCAGAUAAUAUUUUGGUGAUGAGAGACGGUCAUGUGACCCACCAGGGUACGUUUAGUGAGAUCACCACAGAGGACCCGUCCCUGUAUCAGAUGUGGAAGAACACCAUCAGCUCGCAGGCUCAGCAGGAGGAGGAGGAGAGGAGGAAGGACCAGCGGGGGCUGGAGAAGAAGUAUCUCCGUCGCCAGGCAACCAAGACACACCACAAGGAGGAGGAGGACCUGUCAGAUGAAGAGAAGAAAGCUCUGACAGAGGAUGAGUGGCAUUACUACAUCUACGGCUACGUUGGACUGUCCUUGUCGGGAAUCUUCCUGGCGUUCCUGGCAUCCAUCAUCAUCGUGCUGGCAGGAGUCCAGGCCGGGAAGAACCUCCACAAGAAGAUGCUGAGGAGAAUCAUCCUGGCUCCGAUGAGAUGGUUUGACACAACUCCAUAUGGACGCAUCCUCAGUCGCUUUUCCUCUGACACUGCCACCAUUGACCAGCAACUCCCGACGACUGCAGAGUCUUUGAUCCGAACCUUCCUGCUGUGUGUUGCCGCCCUCCUUGUUAAUGCCAUCGUCACUCCGUACUUCCUCAUCCCUGCUGCUGUCAUCCUCCUCGGCUUCUACCUGCUGCAGAAGUUCUUUAUCCAAUCCUCCAGGGAGUUGCAGCAUCUGGACAUCCUGACUAAGUCCCCUAUCCUGUACCACUUCUCUGAGACACUACGGGGGCUGUCCACUGUCAGGGCAUACAGGGAUGAGAAGCGUUUCCAACAGAAGCUGAAUGAUCAGAUUGACCAGAACACACUGGCCUUCCUGUUCCUGAACACUGCCAACAGAUGGCUGGGAGUCAGGCUGGACUAUCUGGGUGCGUUUGUGGUGUUGUGGGCUGCCAUGUGUUCCCUGGCAGUGGCUGUGUACAGUGACCUCCCUGUGGGACUUGUGGGUUUGGCUCUCACAUAUGCACUUAUGGUGUCCACUUACCUGAACUGGGGUGUGAGGAACAUUGCAGAUAUUGAGAUGCAGAUGGACGCUGUCCACAUGGUGUCCACCUUCUCAGAAAUGCCCAUAGAACCUUAUAGGAAGGCAGAGGGUAAUGUAGAGCCACACCGUGAGUGGCCAGGACGCGGUGAAAUCGUGCUGGAGCAUCUGUCCACGCGUUACGCUCCUGAUCUGCCCGCUGUACUGAAGGAAGUCGACCUCCGUAUCAAGCCUGGCGAGAAUGUGGGCAUCUGUGGUAAAACUGGCAGUGGCAAAUCUUCCCUCUCCAUGGCUCUCUUCAGGAUGAUUGACAACUUCCAAGGUAAGAUAGUGAUUGAUGGGAUAGACAUCUCAGACGUCCCCCUGAGCACCCUGAGGUCACGUCUGACCAUCAUCCCUCAGGAUCCCAUCCUCUUCAGCGGAACUAUCAGGUUUAACCUGGAUCCAGCAGGACAGUACAAUGACAAGGAAUUGUGGGAUGCUGUGGAGAUCGCACAGCUGAAGCCUCUGGUUGUCUCCUUCCCUGAGGGUCUCGACACAGCAGUAAGAGAAGGUGGCUCUAACUUCAGUAUUGGGCAGAGACAGCUUUUCUGCCUGGCCCGUGCCUUUGUCCGCAAGUCUCGUGUCCUGGUUAUGGAUGAGGCUACAGCACUAGUGGACAUGGAGACUGAAGCUGUGCUGCACAGAGUGGUGAAGACUGCCUUCACAAGCUGUACUGUCAUCACUAUUGCUCAUCGUGUUGAAAACAUUCUUGAAUGUGACCGCGUGCUGGUGUUUGGUGGAGGCAGAAUCGUGGAGAACAACAAACCUAGCGUUCUUCUGCAGCAAGAGGACAGUAUCUUCUCUUCCUUGGUCAAGGCCAACCUAUAAACAACCAGCCACUUUGUUUAACAGAAUUGACAGAUUAUGAGUGUGCUAUGUGAUGUUUUUCAAGUUGACCACAGGUGGUAUUAGAAGCUUAUCAUAAAUUUGAUUAAACCCCAAAAAUGUAAUUCAAUGUAUGAUGUUGAUUGUAAUAAGUCUUACUACUAGUACCUUGUUGCAAUGCUUCAGUUUUCACUGAUCACCGUAAGCCAUGCCUUAACUAAUAUACUGUCUGCCGUAUGCCUGUUGAUAUUUGUAUGGGGACUUGAUAAGCAAGGGAAUUGGACAGUUGAUUCAAUUCCUGGUGUCUACAAUUAAUGACUGUUUGAUAAAUACAUUGUAACUCAAGUCGUUCAAAAUUGUGUUUUAGA